AUGUCAGGUUCUUGGGCUUUGUUGCCGCCCGAGCUUCGGCUACAAAUACUGAAGGAAGUCUCGCGCCAGAAGGGUUGCGGCUCCUGCGCGGCUGUCUGCUCAGAAUGGAAGGCAUUCCUUGAGCCACAGAAUUUCCACCGACUAGAUCUACGAGUAUCAUGCCUGGAGCAGCUUGGCCACAUGACCACUCGAACCGCAGGUCUUGCUCAUCAAAUUCGGCUGAACAUUGAGCUACCACGAUACUCAUGUCGCUCAUGCCAGUCCUCUACAUCAGAAUCGCGUAGUUCGCGGCAUAGCGCCAUCUUCAGAAGCGCAACGCAGAAACUGUUUACUGUUCUAAGUGCUUGGAAACCGACAGGUUGCCUCGCGUUAGAGCUCAGCACCUUCUCACCUAGCGACCCGGAGCACUGGUUCAAAAAAUAUUGCAUUGGACUAGGCAUUCAACCCGAUGGAGAAUCUAAGCAGCAAGAGGAUCCUGCUGGAUGGCAUGACCCAAAACAUGGCUGGGUUGAUGGCCGGCAGGUGGAGAGUCUCUCUGCAUCAGGUUUGUCAGCUCUCUUCGAGCCGUUGUGCUUCAGUCUCCCGGAGAGCCUCCCGGAGGUCCACACAGUGACGCGGCUUGUUAUACGUCGAGAAUAUCGACGGCAGAUUAUACCGUCAGUUCUGAGGUUAUUGCUACAGAAACUUCCUCGGCUACAGACUAUUGUCUACGAACCAUGGCGCGGCACCUUUAAGAGUGCGUGUGAUAGGGAGUUUGCAUCCAUGGUUCGAGACGCUCUGCCGAGUCAUGUUGAAAUGCUCUCGAUCUUGAGGAUCCCAAUUCUGAGCUUGUGUCAGCGAUGA